AUGUCCACACACAAUUCUCUCAUCUCAGAACUUGACUCACUCAUCAUAAAACUACGGGACUUUUCGUUAAGCUUUAGUGCACUACGUUGCACGGUUCGCAAUGAGGCCCCUCAAACGAAGCCACAAACGCGUUCCCAGCAACCCAAGGAUCCGGCCGCUGAGCUACUGGUGACAGUCUUGGGUGGCAUGGAUGGUCUGAGUGACCAGUUACAGACAAUUGCAUUGCAGGCUGAAGAUGCCCACGCCCAAGCCCAGAAUCUCAUGCUUCCUAGCAACGAACAAGUCAUGGACAAUGCGACGAAUUCCCUACAGAUGGACACCCGAUCCGAGACGUCAUGCGAGCGGCAGAUCGAUACACAACUCGGAAUCUCUGAGCAAGAGGCUACGUCAGAUUCCCAGUCGAGCGAGACCUCAUCGUCACAACCUACACAGACAUUUGAUGAUCCACAGCCCGUCGAGUCAGAGGAUGUGACCAUGACUGGGAGCGGUUUAGCCGCAGCCGAUAGUCCGCCUGACUCACCCAAGGAGGGAGGCGACGACAUCAACGUCCGUCGCGCAGUCACUCCGAGCCCAGCCAACCGAAGCGCAAGAGCCGACCUGAAUACAAGCCGGGAGGGUAGAUCAUUCGCAAGGAGCCACUCGGUUGUGACGGAAUCAUCGGCUGCCUCCAUGGCCGUAGACACGUCACCAGCCGGUUCUGUUGCGACUCAUAUCACAUGGCCAGAGAGCUCUGGUCGGUCUGCUGACGAGGAUGAGGCCAUGUUGGACGUCGAUGACACAAGAGAUAGCAUGCAGAAACGGCAGCCCGACCUUGGAGGCCUCAAGAGAAUCGUUGACUCUGGCUCGGGACAGGACCUCGCGACUGGCGACAAACCCAGCUCCCCUGACGCGCCGAGUCUCGUCACUGAUGACAGAACUGGUCAGCCAACUCAGAGUCCUGGGGUCAGUGAAAGGGCCAGUUCUUCUGAGCCACAAAGUCCUGCGGCACACACCGAAGCUGAGUUGCACGGCGACCGGUUAGCCAGCCCCCCAGUGAACGGCGACAUCAGACGCAAUGAAGAUUCUCGUGCCGAUGAUUUCACUCAAGAGAUGGAUUCAGCCAUGGAUAUGCUGGCCGCGGCCGGAGAGCAGGGUCAUUCGCCAGGGAGCGGAGAUGAGCAACGGAUCGGCGACCAACAAACAGAGUCCAGCUCCACUGGUGCUUGUGAGCAAGAUACUACCAUGUCGGGCGUUGAGACUACAGAUGAUGACCAAUCACGAGACUGUCCGGCUGGAGGCCUUAACGCAACACCAGCUGAGACGAAUAUCAUCCAACCGCCACAGGGUCCUGCAGCCAACGAGACAACCAGCAUGGCAGAUUCUGUGGUCGAUAUUGAGGCCAAUUCUGCCCCUCGGACGCUGCAGGGCCAUCCAACCAACGACGAGGCUGAUUCUCCUGGAUCCCGCCAAUCACCAGCAGCAGAGGACACUGACAUCCAAGGAAAUGCCGACCAACAGGAUACUGGACCUCAAAGCAGAUUACCAACUCUAUCACUCGCCGAUAAGGCAAGACUUAUUUCCAAGAUUCAGGAAUUAGAAGCCCAAGGUUGUGCACAACACAUCUCGGUUCCCCAUGUUAAUGUUGAAUUGGAAGAUGUGAAAAAAAGCAUCGACACAGGAGACUGGAGAUGUACAACCAUGGAAUACAAAGCGGGCCGAGAAGGCGAGAGAUACGUGUCGAUCUAUGCAGUUCAAGCGGCCCACAACUGA